CGAAAACCGGCGAACGGCGGGCGGUUCGAAACCGAAUGGGAAGUCUAAAUCGAGAGAAUCUGCCCACAAGUCUUCCCAGGGGCCGAAAAAGAUCCAUCUUUGUUCUUGAUCCUCCUACUCAGGCUGCGAAUUUCUCGUCCAUGGAUGCCAAGGUCAGAAAUUUAAUGUGCAGUUCCAUUACUAAAUUAAAGCAGGUGCUGGUUCUAUGGCUGGAGGGUUUCCGAGAGGCUUGCUGUCUUCAUCGUGUCGUCAUCUAUUGUCUAAGGUCGAGAGAGCUUGCUGUCCGUACGGGACAGUGUUUUCUUUUGAACGGCUUCAUCUUCUUAGGAAGUAUCUUUGUUUUAAGAUCUGUUAUCAUUCCCACGUUGAAUUGGUUGUUGCCUGAUGGAUGCUCUUUUAUUAAUUCUCAAGAAUUGUGUUCAUUCGGGGCUAUUUUUAGAUUCUAUUCCUUCUUACGACUUGGACUGGUUCAACUCUUCUAUGUAUUCUGGUUCUACCCUAUGUACAUAUCCAGCUUCAUAAUCAGUACCCUGUGGUAUAAUGACAUCGCAAAGCAUGGGCUUUCUGCAACAGAGAAACGUGGGACUUCCGGUUCAGAAGCAUCUGGACAGAAAAACUUGUCCAUGUCAGAAAGUACGCCUAUUAGUGACAAGGGUACUGACAUCAGGGGUGCAAUGAUUGGUUUAGCCGAGCAAGUCUAUUCAGUUCUGUUGCUGAGCUUCUUCUUCGUAGAGGUCUAUGUGAUUGGUUUCGUCCCUUUCGUUGGAAAAGCACUCAACUUUUUGUUGCUCUCAUGGAUGUAUGCUUAUUAUUGUUUCGAGUAUAAAUGGAACUAUUCUGGUUUAAGUUUGGACAAAAGGCUGGAAUUUUUUGAGUCCAACUGGCCAUUUUUUGCUGGUUUUGGAAGCCCGUGCGUUCUCUCUGCAUUUUUCUUCUCACCUCUUGUUAGCUACGGAGUCAUGGCUAUAUUGUAUCCAUUAUUUGUUUUGACGGCUACAGGCUCGGAAGCAGACAAAGUCAUCGCUUCGUGGAGAAAUAAAUGGACAGGUGUCCGGUUAGGAAGGAUCCCAAUAUUUCUUUCUGCUGAUUUUUUAUCGAUGAAAGCACUUUCCUUCUUCCCUGUGGAAUCUCCUCGCCAACAAGAAGCUACCGAUCGGAAAGCCCUCUGAUCAUCUAAACCAUUAGAGUAUAUACGCGCCUCUGUUAUCGAUACAAGGUGCUUUGUCGAUGAUAUUUAUUGGUUUAGUUAGUGAAUUAUUUGGAUUGCACAGCAAAUUUCGAUGAAUUUCUGCAAAUUCUGGAGAUGCAGGGGGAGCUUUGAGGUUGUGUAUAUAUUGGUGGUGUUGGUGUUGGUGUUGUGUGCAUAACAAGUGGAACUUUUCUUAUUCUAUUUAUAAUUUAUGCCAUUUUUGGAAUCAAUAUUCUUUG